CAGCACACGACGUCUCUUCCACGACACCCCUCUCCUCACAAUGGCGGACGACGGUAUGAUCCUGAAUUUCUCCCUUGGGGAUGUUCCACUUAAGCCCCAGGUGAAGAAGAUUCAGGGCGGGAAAUGGCGGGAUCGACUGAAGGCGCAGCGCAACGCCAACAGAGGCAGCGAAUCCAACUCGUCCACAUCUUCGCCGUCCCUCGACACAAAGUCGGCAUCGUAUACACCGCGUUCCGGUGGGCAGAACAUCGAGGGUCAGUCGGACAUCCAGGAGAGGCCGGCAAAGAGACUCCGUGCUGAGCCUCCCAAGCCCUCGGCCUACCAAACUGGCAAGCUGCCUCCGGGUAGCAUCGUCAUCGGGAAACGCGAAGGCGCCUCUCUGUCACAACCUCACCCUCACCCUCACCAACCGUCUCACCACCCUCGCCCCCCUAAUGCCUCUGGUCACGUCACUUCAAGGCUCUUUACUUCCAAUCCUACGGCGCGCACCGUCUUCGACGAUCAACCCAAAACCGAAGAGGAGGAGCCAGCCGAACCGUCCAAUGCCCCCCUCUCCGAAGGGGCGGCGAGUUUCCAUGCUCUCGGCAUCUCGCGGCGUCUAGCCCAGAAGCUGUCGGGCAAGGUCCAGCUCAAAGCACCGACGGCCAUCCAGGCCAAGGCCAUCCCGCAACUCAUCACCGACGACAGCGACGCCUUCCUACAAGCGCAGACGGGCUCCGGCAAGACGUUGGCAUACCUGCUGCCCAUCCUGCAACGCAUACUUUCCGUGGAGGGCCAGCUGCGCCGUGACUCGGGACUCUUCGCCAUCAUCAUGGCGCCCACGCGCGAGCUCUGUCGCCAGAUCGACGUGGUGCUGGCCAAGGUGUUGCCCCCCUGGCUCGUGAGCACCACGGUCAUCGGCGGCGAGAGCAAGCACUCGGAGAAGAGCCGGAUACGCAAGGGCGUCAACAUCCUCAUCGCCACGCCGGGCCGUCUGACCGAUCACCUGCAGCACACCAAGGCCCUGGACGUCGGGACGGUGCGGUGGUUGGUCCUGGACGAAGGCGACAGGCUCAUGGAGAUGGGGUUCGAGGACGACCUGCGGGAGAUUGUCGCCAAGAUUCGCGAGAAGCCGCUCGAUGGCAAAACGAAGAACGGCGUCUCCCUCGAGGGCUUGCCGAAGCGCCGCGUCACGGUGCUCUGCUCGGCGACGAUGAAGAUGGACGUGCAGAAGCUGGGGGAGAUCAGUCUCAAGGACGCCGUGCACAUCUCGACGUCGGAAGAAGACGAGGCGAAGGGCGAGGGCGGCGAGGGUGAUCAGCAGGUCGUCUUCUCCGCGCCCGCGCAGCUGAAGCAGUCGUUCUACAUUGUUCCGGCCAAGCUGCGCCUGGUGACGUUGAUAUCGCUCUUGAAAGCAACAUUCCUCCGGCGCGGUUCUGUCAUGAAAGCCAUCGUCUUCAUGUCGUGUGCCGAUGCGGUUGAUUUUCAUUUCGAUCUUCUCAAGCAACCUGCAUCAUCCAAUGCCGAAGAGGGCCAGCAUUCUACAUCCAAACCUUCUUCCUCCUCCUCUUCCUCCUCCUCCUCCUCGACCUCUCCCCCAUCUCUCACUGCCAACACCGUCGCCCCGGCCGCCUACGUCUCCUCGUCCGCCAAUCCCAACGUCCUGCUCCACAGACUACACGGAUCCCUCCCGCAACCCGUCCGCACCGCCACCCUCGGCGCCUAUUCCCAAUGCAGCGACUCUUGCAUCCUGAUCACAACGGAUAUAUCGUCCCGAGGUCUCGACGUCCCCUCCGUCGAGCUCGUCAUCGAAUACGACCCUGCCUUCAGCUCCGACGACCACCUCCACCGGAUAGGUCGUACCGCACGAGCCGGCCGACCGGGCAAAGCCGUCCUCUUCCUCCAACCGGGCUGCGAAGAAGGCUACGUCGAGCACCUCGCCUCCAGAGCGGGCGCGUCACACAAGGCGGAAUCGUACGAAGGCGUCCUGCACAAGGGCCUCUCGCUGCACAUGCCCUUCCCCGUCGCCCACACGGACGCGAAACCGAUCGCCGAGGACAGCCGGUCCUUCUCGCAGCGGGCCGAGGCGCUGCAGCUGCACCUGGAGCAGAGGCUCCUCUCGCCCGGCGGGAAGAGCCUGCUCGAGGCCGCGAGGAAGGCGUUCCGGUCCCACGUGCGGGCGUACGCGACGCAUGUCAAGGAAGAGAGGAAGUUCUUUGACAUGCAGGAGCUGCAUCUCGGCCACUUGGCGAAGAGUUAUGCCCUGCGCGAGGCCCCGACCGGGGUGGGUAGGGGUGGUGCCAAGGAGGGGAAGAAGGCGGCGUUGAAGGAGGCGGCGAGGAAGAAGCGGAAGCAUGGGGAUGGGGAGGGUGGCGGCGGCGGCGGCGGUGGUGGUGGUGAUAGGUUUGAUGCGGAGGAUGAUGAUGAUGAGGAGGCUAGAGAGAGGGAGAGGAGGAUGAGGAUGAAGAUGAAGUCGGUUAUGGAUGCUGCUGGGGAGUUUAAUAUUGGGUAGACGGUUUGUUUUACGUGGUUAUCAGUGUUGUGAGUGAGGUGGGUGUAUAAGCGAGCGGAACGAGAGAUGACCAUUUCUUUCCCCUGAGAUGACGCAUGGUAUCUAUUUGCUACCCAGGAAUCCAUCUGUCCCAUCCCCCUAGCCUUAUUUCUCGUGAUAUAGCGGAUUAUCGUUGCAAGUAUAAUCACUUACUCCCCCC